AUGCACAACCGUGAGGAUGGAGGACCUGGAGGCCAUGACCUCCUCCCCUUGCCGAGCGUGGUGGUGGGUGCCUCUAGAAGUAGGCGCCUAUUUGCGAGGGAGGUUGGUGCGGCGAUGGACGAGAUCAUCGACGGCGAGAAGGUGAUUUUGGAUGCCAUGGGGAAGAAGAUGCGGGGGUACGAAUGGCCAGGAGCGCUCUUGGAAAAACAUGUUAUAAUCAAACUGAUGGGUCGUUAUAGUGGGUUCAUUGCGAUGUAUGCUACUCUUGCAAGUCGGGAUGUUGAUUGCUGCUUGACUCCAGAGUCUCCAUUUUAUAUGGAUGGGGAAGGGGGGUUGCUUCAAUAUGUAGAGAGGAGGCUGAACGAGAACAAGCACAUGGUUAUUGUUGUUGCUGAGGGAGCAGGCCAGGAUAUUAUUGCCAAAAGCAUACCCGCUUCAGAUCAGCAAGAUGCAUCUGGAAAUAAACUGCUUCUUGAUAUUGGUCUCUGGCUGACUCACAAGAUUAAGGAUCACUUCAAGAGCAAAAAGAUGGAGAUGACGAUUAAAUACAUUGAUCCUACCUACAUGAUCCGAGCUAUUCCGAGUAAUGCAACAGAUAAUGUCUACUGCACACUGCUGGCUCACAGUGCCAUCCAUGGCGCAAUGGCGGGAUACAGCUUCACUAUUGUGAUGGUCAAUGGCAGACAUGCCUACAUACCUUUCUAUAGGGUGACGUCCACGCGGAACAAGGUGAAGAUCACUGACCGGAUGUGGGCGAGGCUGUUGUCACCGACCAACCAGCCAAGCUUCUUGAGCCAGAAGGACAUUGACGAGGCCAGGGAGGCCAAUAGGUUGGCCAACAAGCCGCCGCUGCCAUCUGUCGCCAACCACAAUGUGACAAAAGCCUUUGACCAAUCUGCAUCGACUUCGUCGAACGGCGAGAUAUAGCGAUGCGCUGGUCUGUAACCGUGUACAGUAGCUACUGCUAUCCUGCUGAGGAACAUGUGCCACGC